CACCUGGCGCCGCCUCCGGAAGAGGUCUUCGGGGAUCGGGGAACCUCGAAGAGAGCCGGGUGGCGACAGAUGCGUAGGCACCAUGGACUCCCCUGGUGGGCCAAGCUUCUCUUCCGGGCUGCUCUCAGGGGGUGCUUCUCCUAGUGGCGAUGAAGGAUUCUUUCCCUUUGUGCUGGAGCGUCGAGACUCCUUCCUGGGAGGAGGCCCAGGGCCAGAAGAACCAGAGGACCUGGCACUGCAGCUGCAACAAAAAGAAAAGGACCUGUUGCUGGCCGCCGAGCUUGGCAAGAUGCUUCUGGAGCGCAAUGAGGAGCUUCGGAGGCAGCUGGAAACACUGAACGCUCAGCACUUGGAGCAUGAAGAAAGGCUGCAGCAGGAGAAUCAUGAGCUCCGUCGAGGACUGGCAGCCCGGGGUGCUGAGUGGGAGGCCAGAGCUGUGGAACUGGAAGGAGAUGUGGAAGCCCUGCGGGCCCAGCUUGGGGAGCAGCGGUCAGAGCAGCAGGACAGUGGUCGAGAACGGGCAAGGGCCCUUGGUGAACUCAGCGAGCAAAAUCUCAGGCUCAGCCAGCAGCUGGCCCAGGCCUCCAGGACUGAACAGGAACUUCAGCGGGAGCUGGAUACCCUUCGGGGGCAGUGUCAGACUCAGGCCCUGGCAGGGGCAGAGCUGAGAACGAGGCUAGAGAGUCUACAGGCAGAGAAUCAGAUGCUGCAAGACCGCCGGCAGGACCUGGAGGCCCAGAUUCGAGGCCUUCGUGAAGAAGUGGACAAAGGUCAGGGCAGGCUACAGACCACCCAUGAGGAGUUGCUGCUGCUUCGUAGAGAGAGAAAAGAGCACAAGUUGGAGCUGGAACGCGCUCGCUUCGAGGCUGGAGAGGCGCUGAGCACGCUGAGGAGGCUGCAGCGGCGGGUGUCGGAGCUGGAGGAGGAGUCGCGACUCCAGGACGCCGAGAUCUCCGGCGCCUCCCUGCAGACCGAGCUCGCCCACAGCCUUGACAGCGAUCAGGACCAAGACCAGCAAGUCAAUGAAUGCAGAGCCUCUCAGACCAUAUCGUCCCCUGAGACUGAAGAGGCAUCCAGUCCCCAGCCUUCAAUCCAGGAAGAGAGUUUGGAGCCACCCAAGAAGCGAGCAUCCCUGAGCCCAGUGGAGAUACUGGAGGAAAAGGAGGCAGAAGUGGCCAGGCUGCAGGAUGAGAUCUCGCUGCACCGCACAGAGCUACAGUCGCUGCGGGAUGAGCUGCAGCGACAGAAGGAGCUGAGGGCUCAGGACAAUCCAGAGGAAGCCCUGAGCUGUGCACUCUCUGACCGGGAUGAAGCAGUGAACAAGGCCUUGAAGCUGUCACUGGAGCUCAAUCGCGUCUCCCUAGAGCGGGACUCUCUGUCCCGGGAGUUGAUGCGCGCCAUCCGCCAGAAGGUGGCGCUGACGCAGGAGCUCGAGGCUUGGCAGGAUGACAUGCAGGUAGUGAUUGGACAGCAGCUGCGCUCCCAGCGCCAGAAAGAGCUCAGUGAGGCUGCAGCCGCCCCAAGACGUGCGAAGACCCGCUUUUCAUUGCGCCUGGGAUCCGGGCAGAGUGGAGGCUUUCUAAGCAACUUCUUCCGAAGGACCUGAGGGUUGGGGGCCAGGACUACCUUUUCUCACUCUGGAGCUCAAUUUCCUAACAGCCAAUGAAACCACGGGGCCUAAAUGACUUCCAAGGGAGGUCAUUGUCUUCCAUGCCCCAAGAGGUGGACAGAGGCACUUUGGGAGCAGGGACCAGCUUUGGGGCAGGAGCCCCAGGAGGGUGGCGGGGGCAAAGCUGUUUAUUUUUUGAACCUAUAUAGAGCUAUCUUUUCUAAGCGCCAGGCCCUGCCCCAUCUGUGCAAGAGGGGUGGGGACAAGUAUUUAUGUGUAAGGAUAAGUCAGAGCAAUAUAUAAACCACUAUACUUAA